UUUUUCCGUUCUUUUUUUGCAGGGGUCUUGGACAUGACCGCGACGGAGAACACGAUCCGUUUCAGCGUCCACACCCUGGACAAAGCCACCAAGGCCAAGGUCACCCUAGAAAACUACUACAGUAAUCUCAUAGCGCAGCAUGUCGAGCGGAAACAAAGGCUGGCCAAGCUGGAGGAAUCCCUCAAGGACGAGAGCCUCUCCGAGGAACAGAGACACGAGAAACGACUGCAGCACGCCCAGAAGGAGACCAGGUUCCUGCGCCUGAAGCGGUCCAGGCUGGGGUGGAGGACUCUCGAGCCGCUCAAGGUGAUCGGGAGGGGGCGUUCGGGGGAGGUGCGGCUGGUGCAGAAGGACACGGGCCACGUGUACGCGAUGAAGAUCCUGCGCAAGGCGGACAUGCUGGAGAAGGAACAGGUGGCGCACGUGCGGGCGGAGCGGGAUAUUUUAGUCGAAGCGGAUCACCAGUGGGUGGUCAAAAUGUAUUAUAGUUUUCAAGAUCCAAUCAACCUAUACCUAAUCAUGGAGUUCCUGCCGGGCGGCGACAUGAUGACGCUGCUCAUGAAAAAAGACACGCUCUCGGAAGAGUGCACGCAGUUCUACAUCGCGGAAACGGCGCUGGCCAUCGACUCCAUCCACAAGUUGGGCUUCAUCCAUCGAGACAUCAAGCCCGACAACCUCCUACUGGACGCCAAAGGCCACCUCAAACUGUCCGACUUCGGACUGUGCACCGGGCUGAAGAAAUCGCACCGGACGGACUUUUACAGGGAUCUUAGUCAAGCCAAACCUUCCGAUUUUAUUAUCACCUCAUCACCUAUGGACUCGAAGCGACGAGCGGAGAGUUGGAAGAAGAACCGGCGCGCACUCGCUUAUAGCACAGUGGGAACCCCCGACUACAUAGCGCCAGAAGUUUUCUUACAGACCGGUUACGGACCGGCCUGCGACUGGUGGUCGCUGGGGGUCAUUAUGUACGAAAUGUUAAUAGGAUACCCUCCUUUCUGUUCUGAAAAUCCGCAGGACACAUAUCGCAAAGUGAUGAACUGGAGGGAAACGCUAGUAUUCCCCGCGGAGGUACCUAUCUCCGAGGAAGCCAAGGAUACGAUAGUCAAAUAUUGCUGUGAAGCGGAGAGGCGACUAGGAUCUCAAAAGGGUCUGGAAGACCUGAAACUGAUCCCGUUCUUCCGAGGGGUGGAUUGGGAACAUAUCCGGGAGAGGCCGGCAGCUAUUCCCGUAGAAGUUCGAUCGAUAGAUGAUACGUCCAACUUUGACGACUUCCCCGAUGUCAAGCUAGAAAUUCCUGCGGCACCCAUGCCACAAGACGGCGAGAUCAACUACAAAGACUGGGUGUUCAUCAAUUACACGUUCAAAAGAUUCGAAGGAUUGACGCAAAGGGGCACCCCCAAGAAGAACUAAUUCCAACCACCAACCAGAUUUCUGAGUAGUUUUUAUUUGGAAAGGGUUUUCUUUCUGCACCCCGUCACGCCGACCGUCGCAAUUUAUUUAAUUUAAAUUGUGUCUGUAAUACCUCGAACGUCCCUAGACGGUGGGACCAGGGGGGUGAAGUCCUAACUACAUCUGUACUCGUAUAGGUCUGAGCAGUUUAUGCACUGUUUGCUUUUGAGCUGUGAAAAAAUUCGUGAGCUCGGGUUGGAUUCGAGCCUGGAUUUUGACCGUUUGUUGUAAAUAUCGAAACAUCUAGGAGGCGCAGUCGCCAGGACCAACCCGAGCAAGUUCAGUGUGUGUAAAAUGUUAUUUUUUGUUUUAAUUGUUACAAAGUGAUACUUUUUAUUAUUUAAGAUUUUGUUUUUAACUUAUAAUAGACACUGUGAAGCUAUUUUAUAAUAGUAGUAAUAUCUAAAUUUACGGGCACCGUUUAGGUCAGUCUGCUUCUGUCAGUGAGAUCAUACAUUCUGUUUACUUUGGCUAAAAUAAAAUUUUCAAAGUCUUUUUGAAAAGUGUACGACUGUAGGUAUGGGAGCUCAAUGUGUUUGUGAUCCGAUUCGAAAGUUAUCUGUUAACUGUAUCUAUUUUACGAAUUAAUGAAAUUAUAAUGAUGUUCUAGAUAAAGUAGUGGGUAUUUAAAAUGCUCUUUAUAAGUAUAUUAACUGAUAUUUUAAUAACCUUUUUGAUAUAACCAGAGCAGAUUAUAUUAUCAUUAGGAAUUGUUGUAAUUAAAUGACGUAGCUUCUUUUGUAGGUGACAAUGUUUUGUUUUCUAACAUAUCAAAACUUUUCAAAUGUUGCAUGCUGAUCCUAAUAAUGUGCAAUUAAUAAUGAAAAAAGAAAUCUUUUUAGUUUGCUCUCUACAGUUUAACCGUUGAGCAUUUAUGACAAAUAUGAUGCUCCAAUCUGUUAAUAAAUUACAAUUUGUUACUUUUUUAUUAGUAGCUGGUCUCGCUAACAGGACUUGUAAAUAUAUUUUCUUUCAGAAAUUGUGUAAAACUAAAAAACUAUGAAAUAAAUUAUAUUAUGUG